GCCCAUGCUUGAUUUAAUGCAUAACAUAUUAGACGAUCAGUUACUACGAUAUCUCUAUAUGAUAUAUUAAUGUCAUAUAUUACUAUUAUUACAUCACUGCGAAAUACAAAAAUCCAUAGUGGAACAAAGCAACUAUUCACCUAAAGCCUGUUAACUGAAAUCAUAUGCAUUACCAAAUGCUCGGUCAAUACUUAACUCACCAUGGGCGAGAGGAAAAGGAUAGGCCCUGUUACCCAGGCGCAAGACCGCCUACACUCUAUGAAACCAAGAAAGAAAAGACUCAACCAGCGCAAUGGGAUGGAAGAUGCCGACAUGGAGGUCCAUGAGACCCCGACCGCUCCCUCUGAGCCCACCAACCCCCAGCAACCAUCAAAACAGCUUAGUUUGGAGACGGCAAAGCAAGCCCAACUCGCACCUUGCCCUCCCCAGAACCAAAAUCUGUUCGUGCAGCCUGAACAGGACACCCCUCCUGCAAUCCCAACCCAUGACUCUCCGAAGCCAACUGGUGCUUGGUGAUG